UCUUCUCAUAAUUCAUCAUUCAAGAUUGUUUUCUCUCCUAGAUAUGUUGUUCUUGUGUCUCUCAAUGGAAGGUCACAUACUCUCACAUGAGAAAGUGAUGGACCAUUUCUCUCUCAAUUCAAUAAUGGGGGUUGGAGAAAACUUCAACUAACACCCUCUUGAUGGGUAGGCAUGUCCAACCAAAGUGGGUCCCUGAUAGAAACUUUCUCUCGCCUGGUUCAUAGAAGCUUAGCUACUAAUAUCUCAAAAUAUGAGCAGAAAUUGUAAGUUACAUGAAGGAUGAACAGCAUAAAAGCAAGAAUCAAUUAAACAGCUUUUCUCUAGCAAACAGCAUAACAAGAAAGUAACAGAGACAUAAGAAAGGGAAUCAAAAAUGAAAAUUAGUGGACAGCCUCCUAAAGACAAAAUGUGGUGAUUAUUAACAGUGUUUUGCAGGAGAAUUUAUGGAGGUGAAAAGAGAGAAGUGUGCAUGAAUGGAUAAGUAAGGAAGGCCCAGUACAACUCCAACUGCCCUCGUCAGGGGUUCCUUGGAGUAGCAUUAAAGACUGAAAUGCAUGUUCUUCCUUACACAGUACCUACACCUCCCUAAAAUAAAUGUUCUUUUUUUUUUCUUUUUUUUUUUCUGAAAAAGAAUGGAGCAAAAAUGAACCAGAUUUAUAAGCAGAAAGUUAGAUAUUGAUGCUUUGAUGAUUUCUGGUUGAAGAACAUGGGCUCUUCUUAUCAGAUUCUCCACAUCAUCUUCCUCAUUAUAACCAUUUUCAUGUUCUUAUCAUUACGAAGUACCCACAUUUUUAUUGCUGAUGCUUCAUUGGUUGCAGCAGAGUACUUCAAAGUUCACAGCCUACAAAAGUUGGAUUUCAGGGAGGAAAGUGAAGAUGGUAAUGAGAAGCAGAUUGAGAAAGUUUCAGGAAAGGACGAGAAUGACAAAAAAGAAACUUUGAUUGUGCAAAAAUUCAGGGCUUUACUUGGAUUGAAAAGCUACAAAACAAGAAGCCCACCAAGUGAAUUUGUGUCACCAGCACCAUCUCCUUCACCCAUCAUGGAAGCUGAGGCUCCACCUCCUGUUUCUGUGUUGCCAAUCCAAGUACACUCCCAUCCUCCACCACAUCACUCAAAUUCAAUCCCACCAGCGCACAGCACUCUAAUGAAGCACAGGGAUGAUGGCAAAUUUAGAAUAAUUCUAGCAGCAAUUCUUGUGUCAGCAGGAGUUGCCUUCAUUGUCUGCGUUCUUGGGCUUAUCUGGGUCUCUGGAAAAUUCAAAAAGAACAAAAGAAUAUCUGCAAGACUGAUGUCGGUCUACAAGAAAAAGGGAAGAACCAUCGGUAAAUCUAAGUAUAUAUUUUCCCAAAAGUCAGCAAGAAAGGUGAGCUUAAAUCCUGGCCUUGAUCUAUUGUAUCUCAAUUCAUUAGAAAGAGAUUUAGAGCAACAUAAUACUUGCCUUAAACAAACUACUGAAGCAUUAGAUACAUCAUCAAAUCAUAGCAUGCCAAAAUGUGCAUUUCACGAGGGGAAGGAAUCAAACCAAGAAUUGAUAAUAAAAUCAGAAUUUGACAAUUCUAGUAGUUCUUCCACAAGGGAAAUCAUGUCUGUUCAUGGGGAUGUAGAAUCUCUUAAGUAUGAAUCUGAUGGUGGAAAUUUUUUCCCCGAGGAUGAAGUUAUUCCCAUUGAAGGCCAUUCCUCUGAUGAUGAAUCUUUUCAUUCUUUUGUUGAUUCACAUUCAUCUCAUAUCAGGUUUUCCAAUGCUUCAGCUGGCAGUCUUAGUGACAUGUCAGAAAUAUCCCAUUCAAUUGUGACUAUGACACCACCAUCUCCUCUAACUUCUUCCAAAAAAUUAGACAUUCCACAAGCAACUUCAGAAUGCAUCUCAACUCCUGCUUUGAAUUUACAAGCAAAUUUUCCUCAAUCUCCAGAAAUUUUCAGAGCAGAAAAUCUGACAGUUUCAUCUCCUUUAGAUUCUGAUGAGAAUUUUGCACCUCCAUCCCCACCUCCACCUCCGCCUCGACCUGCCUUGACACCAAGUAUGCGCUUCCUUCCUUCGCGCACACCUUCGUGGUCUACCAGAAAUACAGAUAAAGCUUCAUGUUCUUCUCCUUUGACAAAUUUAUCAUCUCCUAGGAAGUCAGAUUCUUCUUCAGGAUCAAACCAGAAAUCUCAAAAUGACUUGCUGUCAUCACCCCAGAAAUCUCCCGAGACUUCACAAGCUCGAUCGAGCAUCCCUCUUCCACCAUGCCCACCUCCAUUUCUACCAGGAAAUACUAGCUUUGCCAAAGGCCCACCUCCUCCACCAUGCCCACCUCCACCUCCUUUUAUUCAAGGAAAUAGUACCUCUUCCAAAGGUCCGCCGCCUCUACCUUGUCCACCUCCAUUUAUUCAAGGAAACAGUAGCUCGUCCAAAGGUCCGCCUCCUCCACCUUGCCCACCUCCAUUUAUAAAAGGAAAUAGUAGCUCUACCAAAGGCCCACCUCCUCCGCCAUCUCAACUUCCUCAACAUGCACAAUUUGGAAAAGAUGGAGCUCCCCUUCCAAAAUUAAAGCCUCUUCAUUGGGACAAAGUUAGAGCUGCACCAGAUCGUAGUAUGGUGUGGGACAAGAUAAGAUCAAGCUCAUUCGAGUUAGAUGAGGAGAUGAUUGAAUCUCUUUUUGGAUACAACUUAAAAGGUACAAUGAAGAAUGAUGAAGCAAAGAGCAAAACCCCCUCUCCAAGCAAGCAUGUCCUAGAGCCAAAGAGACUACAGAAUUUAACCAUACUCUCAAAAGCCUUGAAUGCAAAUCCUGAGCAAGUAUGCGAAGCCCUAGUAAGAGGGGAUGGCUUGUGUUUACAACAACUAGAGGCACUUGCAAAGAUGGUACCCACCAAGGAAGAAGAGGCUAAGCUUGCAGAGUAUAAAGGAGAUAUCAAUGAAUUGGGUUUCAUAGAAAAGUUUGUUAAAGUAGCGCUUACCAUACCAUUUUCCUUUCUAAGAGUUGAAGCAAUGCUUUAUAGAGAAAAUUUUGAAGAUGAGGUGGUUCAUCUGAGAAACUCUUUCUCAAUGCUGGAGGAGGCCUGCAAAGAACUCAGGUCAAGUAGGCUCUUCUUGAAAUUACUGGAAGCAGUACUCAAAACAGGCAAUCGUAUGAACGUUGGAACAAUUAGAGGAGGUGCUAGAGCAUUCAAGCUUGAUGCCCUGCUUAAGCUUGCUGAUGUCAAGGGAACAGAUGGGAAAACCACCUUACUCCAUUUUGUAGUCCAAGAAAUAAUUCGGUCAGAAGGGAUUCGAGUAUCAGACAGUAUUAUGGGAAGGAUCAAUCAGAAGAACAAAAGCAAGACCAUUGAAGAACGAGAAGAAGAUUACAGAAGAAUGGGUCUAGAGCUUGUGUCAGGUCUAAGUACAGAACUCUACAAUGUCAAGAAAACAGCUACAAUUGACCUGGAUGUUCUUGCGAGCUCAGUCUCAAACCUUUCAGAUGGAAUGGCUAAAUUGAAAAAUCUAAUACUCAAGGACUUGUUGACAGAUGAAAAGAGUGGAAACUUCGUUCAUUCAAUGAAAACAUUCCUAAAUUAUGCAGAAAGGAAUCUGAAGGAGUUGCAGCAAGAUGAACAUAGAGUCCUAUUACAUGUUAGAGAAAUUACCGAGUACUUUCAUGGAGAUGUGAGCAAAGAAGAAGCUAACCCACUUCGCAUAUUUGUGAUUGUUAGAGACUUUCUGGGGAUGUUAGAUCAUGUGUGUAAGGAGCUUAGGAGCCUUAAAGUCCCCAAAAGUCCAAACCCACUUGCUCCAUUUCGGUAGAUUGGAUUGCUAAUUGGUGUGUUUAUAUCAAAUCACCAACUAAAAAUGAAAGCUUUUUUUCUCUUUUUGAAUUUUCAUGUAGAGUUUUGGCUUGUUUA